AACGUCCAUAAUCCUAUACGCACGCACACGUCAUAAACACGCGCCGAGCUGUUUGGUGUCAAGUGCAAAUUUUAAAAGGCUCCAUUAUGGCUCUGACAGGAGUGCGUGUAAUUGAGCUGGCAGGACUAGCUCCUGCACCCUUUUGCGGGAUGAUACUUUCGGACUUCGGCGCAAGGGUGAUCCGGGUAGAUCGGACAAAGGUGGCAAUGACUGUAGAUACUCAAGCAAGAGGCAAACAAUCAGUGGCCUUGAAUCUGAAGAGUCCAAAAGCUGUCGCUGUUUUGAAAAGACUGUGUGUCCAGUCAGAUGUGGUUCUGGAGCCCUAUCGUAAAGGUGUUAUGGAGAAGAUGGGAUUAGGUCCUGAAGACUUGCUAAAAGAGAAUCCACGCCUGAUCUACGCUCGACUCACCGGAUAUGGUCAGAGCGGAUCCUACGCCAGGGCUGCUGGGCAUGAUAUUAACUACCUAGCCAUGUCAGGGUUACUGUCCAUGCUGGGCCGUAGCUCAGAGAAACCAUACGCUCCACUGAAUUUAGUGGCAGACUUUGCUGGAGGAGGUCUCAUGUGUGCAUUUGGGAUUGUGUUGGCUCUCCUGGAGAGGAGCAGGUCAGGACAAGGCCAGAUCAUUGAUGCCAGCAUGGUGGAAGGUGCAGCAUAUGUCGGCUCCUUCAUGUGGAAGUCCCGUAGCCUCGGCCUGUGGAAUCGUCCUCGCGGGGAAAACAUGCUGGAUAGCGGCGCUCCGUUCUAUGAUACGUACUGUACUUCUGACGGAAAAUACGUGGCAGUGGGGGCGAUUGAACCUCAGUUCUAUGAAGAGCUUGUUCGGGGUUUGGGUUUGGACGAUGCCGACCUGCCCUCACAAAUGAGUGUAUCUGAUUGGCCGCAGCUCAGGCAGACGUUCACCCAAGUGUUUGCCACCAAGACGCAGGCUGAGUGGGGUCGGAUCUUCGAUGGGACAGAUGCCUGUGUCACCCCUGUGCUGUCACUGGAUGAUGUACUUUCUCACCCCCACAACCAGGCAAGGGGAUCGUUCUUUAAGGACUCUCAGGGGGAAAUUAGCCCGCGACCUGCACCUGUUCUGUCCCGCUCCCCUGCGGAGGCCUGCCGCUCCCGUGACCCUUUUAUUGGAGAGCACACUCGCGCUGUGCUGAAGGAGUACGGGUUUGAGCAAGCGCAAAUAGAACAGCUCCUGUCUGCCGGAAUCAUAGAGUGUAACGAAGCUAAAGCACGCCUAUAAACCGAAGAGUCUGACUGGAGAAUCAUUAAACUUUGUGGCCAGUGAUGCAGCACCGGAAUCUGAGCACUUGAACUCUGUUUCUGUCUCAUUGAAUGAGUGUGAGGGGGCUUUUCAGAACAAAAUGUUCGUCUCCCGUGUGAAUCACUGGGUACUUCAGUCGAGGUGGACUGAAUGAUUCUGGGGUUUUAAGUUGAAAUGUCCAACACAUUCAACUCUCAUUUGUAAUUGCUGCAGGGAAAGUCAAGUGGGAUUUAAUUAAAGUCUAUUGCAAAUAUUCUGUAAUAACCUCAGCAUCCCUCUUUUUGUCAGCAACCAGAUCUGCAAUAUGUCUUUUAAAAAGGAUAUUCAAUAUUGACUUAUUUUUUAAGACUGUUUAAAUUAUUAACUCAAGUACUGGUGAGGGCAUUUUAAUUGUAGUUGAUUAAAAUGUACCACUUUUGGUUGUGAAUUAAAAUCCUUGACUAAUAAGUGCCUUUAGCAAGAAUUGCUGAGUGUGUCGUAGAUUAAUUAACUGAUUUGCCUUUGAAUCUUCGUUUACCAAAAUGUUAGGCAGAGCUGAUGACCUAUGAUAAUGGCAUUGGGUUAAAACCAAUUAAUGACUCAGAUUAAGAUGAAAAUAUCUGUUGUAAUAAUGUCGCUACUUGUAUAAACAUUUACUGCAAGUGAUGGGGUCGGUAAGAUUUUUUUUAUGGUUUUUUAACUUUUUGUUCACCAAGGCUACAGUAAAAACAGUAAUGUGAUGGCAAAACUGAAUUUUCAGCAUCAUUACUCCAGUCUUUAGUGUCACAUGAUCCUUCAGAAAUCAUUCUAAUUUGCUGCUCAAGAAACAUUUCUGAUUGUUAUCAAUGCUGAGAACAGUUUUGCUGCUUAAUGUUUUUGUGGAAACAAUUAAUACAUUUUUUUCAGGAUUCUUUGAUGAAUAGAAAAUUCAAAACAACAGCAUUUAUUUGAAAUAGCAGUCUUUUGUACAGUUAUAAAAGUCUUUACUCUCACUGACCCCAAACUUUUGAAUGGUGGUGUAUUUUCAAAAUCAGAACAGAGAUCUUACAGAUUAAAGGGAAAGUUCACCCAAAAAUGAAAAUUCUGUUAUCAUUUACUUCCCUGUCAAGAUGUUCCAAACCUGUACAAAUUUCUUUGUUCUGCUGUACAUAAAGGAAGAUAUUUGGAAGAAUGUUUGUAACCAAGCAGAUCUCACCCCCCUUUGACUACCAUAGUAGCAAAAAAAAAAAAAAAAUACUAUGGUAGUCAAUGAGAUCUGCUUGGUUACAUUCUUCCAAAUAUCUUCCUUUGUGUACAGCAGAACAAAGAAAUUUAUACAGGUUUGGAACAACUUAAGGGGGAGUAAAUGAUGACAGAAUUUUCGAUUUUUGGGUGAACUAUACCCUUAAGGAACGUUUUCUUAUGCUUGAAGAUUGUGAUGAAAUCAUAAUCAAUUUGUAAAACAGUUAUUAAAACUUUAAAACCAUA